AUGGAGCGAGAGGGAAGCAAGGUGGAGGAGGCGAAAAGGAGAGGAAGACCGACGAAGGCAGAGGCUUGGUGUAGGGAAAGGACGGGGAGUCUAGGGAAUAUAGAAGAUUUGCUUAAGAGAGGAAAGAGGAAGGAGUGGGGAGGGGAGGAGGAGAUGGAAGUAAGGGAAGUAGAGGAAAUAUUUAAAAGAAGUAAGAAAGUAGAAAGAACGCCAGAAAAGUUGGGGAUAGGAAAAGCGGAAUUGGAGCAAAUGCUAAGAGGGUUGAUGGAGGGAAUGAGGAAAGAUAUUGGAGAGGAUUUAAAGAAGAUAGGGAAGGGGGUGGAAGAGGGAAGAGAAGAAAUGCUGAGGCAACUGAGCGAGAUGAAAGAGAGCUGGGAAAGAGAAAGAGCGGAGCUAAGAGGGAAGAUAGAGAUGCUUGAAAAGAAAGUGGAAAGGUUAAAAUUAAAAGAGAAAAAAGAGGAAGGAGGGGAGACAGGUGAGGAGGAAAGGAGGGAGUUGAGUAAGAAGGUGAGGGAGUUGGUAACAAGAAUAGAUAAAAAGGAAAGGGAAGGGAGAAGAAGGAAUUUGAUAAUAAAAGAUGUGAAGGUGGAAGGGAAGGGGAAGGAAGAAGUGGUAGAAGAGAUUUGGGGGAGGAUAGGGGUGAAAGAGAAAAUAGAAGAAGUAAGGAGGAUAGGCAAAGUGGAUAGAGAGGGGAGAGGUAGGUUGAUGGUGAAGAUGGAAGGAGUGGAGGGAAAGAGGAAGGUAAUGAUGGCAAGAAGGAAAUUAAAAGGGAGGCCGGAAAGAAUAGAAGACGAUAGAACAGAGGAAGAAAGGCGAGCAAGGUGGAAGAUAAAGAGAGAGGCGGAAAGAGAGAGAAGAGAGGGACAGAGGGUACAGAUUGGGUACAUGAAGAUGUGGGUUAAUAAUGAGUUGAGAAGAUGGGAUGAAGUAGUGGAAAAGUGGAUAGAGGAACAGGGAACCGGGCAGAGGGGGGUUCAGGUCAGAGAUGGGAAGGCGAAAGAGGGAUGGAAAGAAAUGUAA